GCGUCAGAGCGCAGCGUCCGCGCUUUUAUUUUGAAGCGCCACCCUUCAAAUUCCGGUGCCGGCCGGGCUCUCCGAGCGCGCUCCUGACGGCUGCACUCCGACGCACGCGGGCAGGGAGAGAGGGAGGGAGAGAGACGGUCUGCGCCGCGUCUUUCGGCUGCGCUUCAGUUUGGAAUUUUGCGCUCGUCGGGUUAGGAAAGCUGCAACGGCCGCCCCUCUUCCUGAACCGGAUAAUCUGACUAUUUGGCUAAAUAUCCGCUCAAUUUUUUCCCCCACCGUCGAGCACCCCCCACCCCACCCCCCCUCCCCUCCUCCUCUAAUCACUGUCAUGAUUUGCUCCUUGUCUGCUGCUGUUUGAAAGUGACCGGCUGCAGGUGUCUCUCGUUGGCGCGGACUGGCACUAUGUGAUUUGACGCGUUUUUUUCCCUCCUCCUCCUUCUUCCUUGGAGAAAGAAGUGGACUAUUUCACAGCUGGAAUUCCCACCCCCCCUUUCCGAACAGUUUGUGGAGCCGCGCGCAUUCUCAUACACCGUGAUGGUGUGGGGCCAUCACAGCUGAGCAGAGGGGAUCCUGUCGUCUGGAAACUGCUUGUCGGACUGGUGAAAUAAAAAAUGAAAGCUUCCAUCCCUCUUCUGAUCUUGCUUCACGCAGCUGUGGUUCAGUGCCUGAAGGUGGUGUCAAAGAGAGGCUCAGUGGAGGGUUGUACAGAUUGGUCGGUGGACUACCUGAAGUACAAGGUCCUCCUCGGGGAACCCGUCCGGGUCAAAUGCGCACUGUUCUAUGGAUAUAUCCGGGCCAACUACAGCCACGCGCAGAGCACGGGACUCAGCCUGAUGUGGUACAAGAGUGCAGGACACGGGGACUUUGAGGAGCCCAUCAGCUUCGACGGCGCCAGGAUGAGCAAAGAGGAGGACUCCAUAUGGUUCCGGCCGGCGGAGCUGGAAGAUGUUGGAUACUACUCCUGCGUCUUGAGGAACUCGACAUACUGCAUGAAGGUGUCCAUGUCCCUCACGGUGGCGGAGAACGACACAGACCUUUGCUACAACUCCAAGAUGAGGUUCUACGAGAAGGCGGAGCUUAGCAAAAGCAAAGACAUAACCUGCCCGGGGAUUGAGGAUUAUAUCCAGCCGGGGGUUGAUCCUCAGAUUGUUUGGUAUAAGGAAUGCAAGCCAAAGCAAUGGAGAGACACCAUAGAAAGAAGGAAGGACGUUCUGUCCAUCAGGGAUGUACGGGAAGAUGACAUUGGGAAUUACACCUGCGAGCUGCCUUUUGGGAACUUUAUGGUUCGGAGGACGACGGAGCUGUCGGUCACAGCUCCUGUGACGGACAAGCCGCCAAAAAUCCUUUCCCCUUCGGAGGGCCAGUUGAGCUUCAUCGAAAUGGCUUUAGGAAGUCCCAUCAACCUGACAUGCAGAGCGUACUUCGGCUACAGCGGAGACGCCAGCCCGCUCAUCUACUGGAUGAAGGGGGAUAAGUUUAUUGAAGAUCUGGACGAGGAGCGCAUUCACGAAAGCGAAAUCAAGACUGUCCGGGAACACCUGGGAGAACAGGAAGUCUCCAUUUCUCUCACCAUCGACUUCCUGGAGGAGAGCGACCUGGGCAACUACUCGUGCUACGUGGAGAACAGCCACGGGCGGCGGCAGGCCAACAUCCAGCUCGUGAAGAAAGCAGAGCUCAUGUACACGGUGGAGCUGGCCGGAGGUCUGGGCGCCAUCCUGCUGCUGCUCAUCUGCCUGGUGACGCUCUACAAGUGCUACAGGAUCGAGCUCAUGCUCUUCUACAGGAACCACUUCGGCAGCGAAGACGUGGACGGAGACAACAAGGACUACGACGCCUAUCUGUCCUACACUAAAGUGGACCCGGACCAGUGGAGCCAGGAGACCAGGGAGGAGGAGCGCUUUGCCCUGGAAAUCCUCCCCGACGUGCUGGAGAAGCAUUAUGGGUAUAAACUCUUCAUUCCAGACAGGGACUUGAUCCCCACAGGAAGUUUCACCAAUGAUCAUUUCCAGGAUGACACCAGACUGCUUAGAGCCUACAUCGAGGAUGUGGCCCGCUGUGUGGACCAGAGCAAGCGUCUCAUCAUCGUCAUGACGCCCAGCUAUGUGGUGCGGAGGGGGUGGAGUAUCUUUGAGCUGGAGACGCGCCUGCGCAACAUGCUGGUCACGGGCGAGAUCAAGGUCAUCCUCAUCGAGUGUGCCGAGCUGCGCGGCAUCAUGAACUACCAGGAGGUGGAGGCCCUGAAACACACCAUCAAGAUGCUGACGGUCAUCAAGUGGCGCGGGCCGUCCAGCAACAAGCUCAACUCUAAAUUCUGGAAGCAGCUGCUCUACGAGAUGCCGUUUAAGCGCAUGGAGCCCCUAAGCAUAUCCCACGAGCAGGUGCUGGACGUCAGCGAGCAGGGCCCCUUUGGUGAGCUCCAGACCGUCUCCGCCAUCUCCAUGGCGGCCGCCACCUCCACCGCCAUGGCGACCGCACACCCAGACUUGCGCUCCACCUUUCACAACUCUUGCCACACCCAGAUGAGGCAGAAACACUAUUACCGUAGCUACGACUACGACCUGCCCCCCAGCGGCACGCUUCCACCACUCUCCUCGCUAGGCAACCAGCACACCUACUGCAACAUCCCCAUGACCCUCAUCAACGGACAGCGGCCGCAGUCCAAGUCUCCGCGCCAGCAGAGCAUGGAGGAAGGCCACGGGAACAACGCCAUGCUGCCGCUGCUCCCCAGAGAGACCAGUAUAUCCAGCGUGAUCUGGUGACGGGGGCGGCGCAGACUCCGGAUCCACACGAUGUCCGUCAACAGGGAGGGCUCACACCCGGACCCGAGCGCACCGGAGCCGGGUGGACCUGAAUGGCACUACUAGCUGCUGUUGAAUUUGCACCAGGAAACAACAGGGGGGGGGGGCGUCAGACACACUAGACAAACUGGAGCCGAAAGAGGCCAAAAGGAUACAAAAAAAAAAAGAAGUUUUAUUUUGUUUUGGUCUAAUAAAAGCUUUUAUUAAAACUGAACACUAAAAGAGACGAGAAGAACAUGUUUGUAUGCCUGUACGAACACUAACGCAACACAAGCCAACACCUACGACCAUUUACCCCGACGGCGGAGGAAUACAGGGUCCUGUACAUAUGGUUUUCUAAUUCUUUGUAGCAACAGUGUUUGGGACUUCUUUGUUUGGGUUUGUUUCUCAUUUCUUUUCUUUCGGUUUGUACAAAAGUGAAGCGAUGGACGUGUCGGUUGUUACCUUUAUCUUGAUUUGUUGGCCGGUGUCGUUUAUGAAGUUUUUUGGUGGUUCUUUUUGGCGGUUGAUAGUCUGGGCUCAACAUAUGCAAAACUCGGAGUCUAAGUGAAAAAAGGUGAGUUGGGGGAAAAUGUCGGUGCUAGGCUUCACAUCUCUGUUUCUCUCACGAUGACUUUUAAAGAGCAGCCUUGCUAUUUACCUUAACAGAUAACUAUAUCACUGAAAAAGUAAUUAUGUGUAUUAUUUUAUGAAAAAAAAACAACAAAAGUCUAUUUUUGUAACAGAGGGAUAUUUGCUUAGAGAAGUUAUACCUAUGAGUGAAGGAACGGGGGAGGGGGGGACGCUACCAUGUUUUGUUGUAAGCUCACUCUGGUCCGGUUCUUCAAACUGAAAACGCCGAAAGCGGGAAUCGUGGACUCCGCCGCCGCUCAACAGGGAUGAAGCUAUCGAUGAUGUCCCACCCACCCACCCGCCCGUCCGGUUUCAUCUGUGAGGCUAAGCGAGGCUGUCCAGGGCUAAACCAUUAACCCGGUUUUCCAUUUAAGUUUUUCAUGGUGAAGUUGUUUGAAUAUUAACGAAAAAUAACAAUAAUCGUCUUUGGAAUGGAACUCAAGAAUGUAUGCCAACUAAACCACGAUAGUAAUAUAAAUUUAGACCAAAGGACGCUAAAGUGAACUUUUGUUUUUUAAUUGAUUUCAUGGAGAGUUAUUCUGCAGCAGUGCCAUAUUUUAUUCUGAAAAUACCCUCAAAUGUUUCAUUUAGUGCCAUAAAAUAUGCAACAUUUUUAUUAUUCCCAUUUUUUUACAUUUUUAUUUGAAACACCUGGUGUCAUAACAUUCAAAAAACAUUUGAGAUUUUUUCCAAGAGUUUGAAUGUUUCCUCUGUUGCACCUUUCCCUCCUCGGAAGAGUCAACUUUUUGUUUACUUUUUAGAGCACUAUCUCUGAACAGAAGGAUUGGCUGUGCUCUCGGUUGUGGCAUUGUGUAAAUAAAUUCAAAACAAUACGAUUUAAGAUGAAGACAAUCUAGUGGCGGUGAUGAUGGUUAUUUUUCUUAACAGCUCCUCAGAGAAAGCAGAGAAAAAGGAAAACUUUUGGAGGUUUUGGACUCUGAGAAGCAGGAGAAUAUCACUCUUUUGUUCGGUGGUUCAUUGAAUAUUUCUGGCGAUCAGGCGAAGACUAGAAAAGUGGCGAUGAAUAAUGACAAUAUAUAGCACAGAAUUAUUCCAGGCACUUUCACGACUCUCGAGACUAAGUCUCUCCCGUUUUCGGAUUUAUUUUCUAUUGUGUAUCUGCAAUGUUCAUUAAAAGAGAUACUGUUAUUAUUAAUAAAACCACAUUUAUGGUAA